CCGCCCGCUCGCAGCCACUCGCAGCCCGGCUCAGUCGCAGCCCCUCGGAGUCCGGAGCCGGUCGCCCCCGCGGACCGGACAGCGCGCCCGGCGACCGGGACGAAGCCCCGGUCCAGCGAGGAGGGCGCGGCGCGGGCGGCGGCGGCGCGGCGGGGAGGAGCCCGGGCCGGAACCAGGGCUGGGCCGGGGGCGGGGACGCCAGGGUCCCGGAGCCGCGGAGCCGGAGCAGCGAACCAGCGCCGCGGGAGGACCGGGAAGGAGGAGCGCCGCCGGAGCCGGCCGAGCCGCCCGCAAAGUGCGAUGCCCCGGCGGGGCUAGGGCGCGCGGCGGCGGCGGCGGGCGCGGCGGGCGCGGAGGGAGGACGCCCCGGAGCGGCGCGGCGCCGGGCGGCGCGGAGGGGCAGCCCCGGCGGGCGGCGGCGGCGGGCCCGGGCUGCGCCCCGAGCGAGCCCCAUGCCCCGCGCGGGCUGACGGGCCGGAGCCCGCACGGAGCGGCCGGGCCGGACAGGUCCCGCUAGAGCGACAUGAUGGUGGAAUCUGCCUCGGAGACAAUCAGGUCAGCUCCCUCUGGUCAGAAUGGCGUGGGCAGCCUCUCGGGGCAGGCCGAUGGCAGCGGCGGUGCUGGGGCUGCGGGCGCUGCCGGAGGCGGUGCGGGCAGGGACGCGGCAGCGGGCGCUGACAGCAACGGCGAGAUGAGCCCUGCGGAUCUGCUGCACUUCCAGCAGCAACAGGCUCUCCAGGUCGCCCGGCAGUUCCUGCUGCAGCAAGCCUCGGGCCUGAGCUCCCCCGGGAACAAUGACAGCAAGCAGUCCGCCUCCGCUGUGCAGGUGCCCGUGUCGGUGGCCAUGAUGUCGCCGCAGAUGCUCACCCCCCAGCAGAUGCAGCAGAUCCUGUCGCCCCCGCAGCUGCAGGCCUUGCUCCAGCAGCAGCAGGCGCUCAUGCUCCAGCAGCUGCAGGAAUAUUACAAGAAGCAGCAAGAGCAGCUUCACUUGCAGCUCCUCACCCAACAGCAGGCUGGGAAGCAGCAACCCAAAGAGGCGCUGGGGAACAAGCAGCUGGCCUUCCAGCAGCAGCUCCUGCAAAUGCAACAGCUGCAGCAGCAGCACCUGCUCAACCUGCAGAGACAGGGGCUGGUCAGCCUGCAGCCCAGCCAAGCCCCGGGGCCCCUCCAGACCCUCCCACAAGCGGCCGUGUGCCCGACAGACCUGCCGCAGCUGUGGAAGGGCGAGGGUGCCCCCGGGCAGCCCGCCGAGGACAGCGUAAAGCAGGAGGGGCUGGACCUCACUGGCACGGCCACCACCGCUACCUCGUUUGCCGCCCCCCCCAAAGUCUCGCCCCCGCUCUCCCACCACACCCUGCCCAAUGGACAGCCCACUGUGCUCACCCCUCGGAGAGACAGCUCCUCCCAUGAGGAGACCCCUGGUUCCCACCCUCUGUAUGGACACGGAGAGUGCAAGUGGCCUGGCUGUGAGACCCUGUGUGAAGACCUGGGCCAGUUUAUCAAACACCUCAACACGGAGCACGCCCUGGACGACCGGAGCACGGCCCAGUGCCGGGUGCAGAUGCAGGUGGUGCAGCAGCUGGAGAUCCAGCUUGCCAAGGAGAGCGAGCGGCUGCAAGCCAUGAUGGCCCACCUGCACAUGCGGCCCUCCGAGCCCAAGCCCUUCAGUCAACCACUGAACCCAGUGUCCGGCUCCUCCUCAUUCUCCAAGGUGACCGUGUCUGCAGCAGACUCGUUCCCAGACGGCCUCGUGCACCCCCCCACCUCAGCUGCUGCCCCCGUCACCCCGCUGCGGCCUCCGGGCCUGGGCUCUGCCUCCCUGCACAGCGGGGGCCCCGCCCGCCGGAGGAGCAGCGACAAGUUCUGCUCCCCCAUCUCCUCAGAGCUGGCCCAGAACCACGAGUUCUACAAGAAUGCAGACGUCCGGCCCCCCUUCACCUACGCCUCCCUCAUCCGCCAGGCCAUCCUGGAGACCCCCGACCGGCAGCUGACCCUGAAUGAGAUCUAUAACUGGUUCACCAGGAUGUUCGCCUAUUUCCGAAGAAACACUGCCACCUGGAAGAUGACCUCAAUUCCAGGAGUUAUUCCUGCAGGAGGAGGUGGGAGUGACAAGAACGCCGUGCGGCACAACCUCAGCCUGCACAAGUGCUUCGUGCGCGUGGAGAACGUCAAGGGCGCCGUGUGGACCGUGGACGAGCGGGAGUACCAGAAGCGGAGGCCGCCGAAGAUGACGGGGAGCCCCACGCUGGUGAAGAACAUGAUCUCGGGCCUCAGCUACGGAGCACUUAACGCCAGCUACCAGGCCGCCCUGGCCGAGAGCAGCUUCCCCCUCCUCAACAGCCCCGGCAUGCUGAACCCCGGCUCCGCCAGCAGCCUCCUGCCCCUCAGCCAUGACGACGUGGGUGCCCCCGGGGAGCCUCUCCCCAGCAACGGCAGCAGCACCCCGCCUCGCCUGUCCCCGCCCCAGUACAGCCACCAGGUGCAGGUGAAAGAGGAGCCGGCGGAGGCGGAGGAGGACAGAAGGCCCGGACCCCCGCUGGGCCCCCCCAACCCCGGGGCCGCGGGGCCUGCCGAAGACAAGGACCUGGAGGAGGAGCUGCCUGGAGAGGAACUCUCCUAAGGGCCUCGAGGGGCAGGCAGGACGGGGUGAGACCCCUCCUGGAACCCGGGCCCCUCUUACCCCCACUCCACAGCCCCCUCAAACCUCAAGGCACUUCCAGGACCCAGAUGGGGGCUGGACCAGCAACUCCCCAUGUGGCCUGACUGACAGACGCAAAGGGCAGGGACGUCCCGCCUCCCCGCCCCCCUAAGGAGAAACGGGAGCCCUGGUCUGGGCCGCAGAGGACAGGAGGGCCCAGGCCCCUCCUCACUCCCUCCCCGCCACCAGCAGCAGCCGCGCCGGGCCCUCCCCACCAGCUCUCCGGACGGCCCGCAGCCACGGAGACCGCGGGCGGGCGGGCGAGGCGGCCGCCCCAGGCCCAGGGCCCCUCGCACCCGGCUCUGGCCGUUUUUUUCUAGCCAGAGGCCCCCACUCCCCCGUCUGUGCCCCCUCCCACCUUCUCCAUACUGUGAAGAAAGAGUUCUCCACCCGAUGCCCACCCCGCCCAGGCCUGGGCAGAGGAACUGAAGCUGCCAACCGCCCCCAGAGGAAGCCAGCCCCGCGGGCUCCCACCCAGAGCCACAGCCGGGCCGCACCAGUGGGAGCAGGGCCCCUGGCCGAGGCCCUCCUCCCGACCUGACCGGGGACCCAGGCUGCCGGGGCCUCUUCCCGUUUACUGGCCACCUGCCCGCCCGCCCGCCCGCCAUCCAGGGAGCACAGGAAGAGUCCGUGCCAGGCGGCCUUUUGGACACGGGGCCCAGGACGGGAGCCCAGCCAUCCGGAGGCCAGGGGCAUCGGGGCAGAGGUGGUGCCAACCGCCCGCCCGCCCGCCUGUCACGGGACUGACUGGUGGGGUUAGUUUGGCAGCUGCUGUGACCCAGCAGGUCACCCCGCCCCAGCUCCAGGGCACCAUUGCAGCCCCCUCCCGCCCUCCCCUUCCUCUCCCCUCCCCUCCUCCCCCCUCCCAGUUAAACGGAUGACCAAAGACCUUUCUUAUGCCAGAAGCAAAAACCAAAACUUUUUGUUGGCUUUUUCCUUUGUCGCCUCCUCCUCCUCCCCCUGCUCCUCCUCUGCGCCCACCGGCCCCAGGCUGGGAAGCCUCCCUCCACUUAAGUUAUUGUUUUAAACCAAAGUUUACAGUGUCUGUUGGUGGCCAAGACCCUCUCCCUCCACCCCUGCCCCACCCCCCUGAGGACCCUGGGGCUCGGAGGGGGCUGGGGCCCUGCCCCCCUCCCCUCUGCUCGUGCCCAGCCUGGGAGAAGGGAAGGGCAGGGCGGGAGGGGGCCGCCCUCAGCCCCGCACCCCCCCGGGCAGCGGGCACAGAGCCCCCGUCCGCCCCUGGACUGCUUCCCGGGGCUGCAGACCCCCCUUUAGGACCAAGUCCCCGUCGCGCUGGGAGUGGCUUCCAGCCGAGGAGCUGGAGAAAGCCGCACUCUCCACAGACCCCCUAUGGGGGCCCCGACCGAGGCCCAGGCCUGGGCGUGCUGGACGCUCAGCACCCAGGCCGGGCCCCUUUGCUGAGAAGACUCUUUGGACUCUUUCCCCGAGAAACCCCCACGUACGCCCCUUCACAAGCACCCCUCCCAGAGGCAGGGCCCCGCCGCCCCGCCCUGUGUACUCCCCACCUGUGUUUCGUUUGACCAGCACAGAAAUAUUAAACGUCCUCUGUACACCCGG